CAACUUGAGUAGUUAAGCUGGAUUUUUUGACAGUGAAAUAAAUCUGUCCUUCCAAAUUAUCUACCAAUAUAUUAGGCACUACCUUGUGAUCAACUCAACUCCAAACUCUCAUUGGUUUUAAUCGGCGGGUAUUAGUACGGAAACCUUUCACAGCUCGUUAGGGUUUCAAUAUCAGGUCCAAAAUGCUUCAGCUCUCUUGCAAUCUACACCGUCCAUCUCCUCCUCUGCUCCUUCCUCUUCAACAUUUUUCCCCUGCUCCCUCUUCUAUCGACCGAGUGAAGUUCAAUUUGAAUAAAGGGUUUGUAAAGGUUACAAAGGUUUCGAUAGCGGUAAACAGCAAGAAGAGUGACAGGAGAAGUGAAGAGGGUUCGAGCAGUGACAAGUGGGUCCAUGAAGGAUUCAUUACUGAGUCGCUUCCAAAUGGUAUGUUUAGAGUUCGUUUAGAUAAUGAAGACUUGAUUCUCGGUUAUAUUUCAGGAAAAAUUAGGCAGAAUUUUGUUCGUGUGUUGCCUGGAGAUAGAGUCAAGGUUGAAGUAAGUCGUUAUGAUUCAAGCAAGGGCCGAAUAAUUUAUAGACUUCGCAAUAGAAGUUCCAACGAUUAAGUUGUUACUUAAUCUUGAUAUUUAUGAAAAUUCAUAAAGCUUAUUUUA